CAUAAUUGACCCUCCAGCUUGCCUCUUGUGUUUUAUCAGCACGAACACUCAGCCUGUCCCCCCGCGUCGCUCUGCUAGAUUCUCAACCAGGCGCAGGCAUCCAGAAUGUCGACCACUACUGUGACCAGCGCCCAAGCCCCGGGCGAGGCGGGCCCUCGGACGGCCACCAUGAUGAAUGGAAAGACGUUUACUUUCCAGUCCAACGUGUCCACGACCCUGGCCAAGAUCCCCAUCAUUGACGCCGCGCGCAUCUGGAGCCAAGACCUCGCCGAGCGCAAGGCCCUGGCCGAGGAGAUCCGAGAGGCCGCGCAUGAGAUUGGAUUCUUCUAUCUCGUGAAUCAUGGCAUCGACAUGAAAUAUGCAGAUGAGGCCAUGACACAGGCCAAGAGGUUCUUUGCGAUGCCACAGGAGAAGAAGAUGGAGGUCUUUACUGGUCUCGUGCCCAACGAGUAUGUCGGCUUCCACCCGAUGGAGUGCUACAACCGCAACGGCUGGAAGCGCCAGGACCUCAGCGAGGCCUUCAACUGGGGCUACGACGCCAAGUUCGACCCAGACGCCACCCCGGCGGCCCUCGCCCAGAAGUCCCCAAGCAUCUGGCCAUCUGACCUGCCGGGCUUCCAGGAGGGCGUGAUGGCCUACCACGCGCAGCUGCUGCGCUUCUCGCGCCGCCUGGCGCGCAUCUUUGCCCUCGCGCUGCACAUGCCCGAGGACUACUUUGACGCGUACACGGCGCAGCCCGAGGCCGGCAUGCGCAUCCUGCACUACCCGGAGCAGGAGCACUCGGUGGACGAGCAGAAUGGCAUCGGGGCACACACGGACGUCGAGUCUUUCACCAUCGUGACGCAGGACGACACCGGCGGGCUCGAGGUGCUGGGCAAGGACGGCCACUGGAUCAAGGCGACGCCCGUGCCGGGCGCGUUCGUGGUCAACAUCGCCGACUGCUUCAUGAGGCAGACCAACGACUUUUUCGUGUCGACGAUCCAUCGCGUCGUCAACAAGAGCGGGCGCGAGAGGUACUCGGUGCCGUUCUUCUUUGGUUUCGAUCGGUCCAUGAGGCUGGAUCCCAUACCGAGUUGUGUGGAUGAGACCAAGGGGAUGCCGCCGAUGAAGUAUCCGGUCAUCACGGCGGGAGAGUACUAUGAGUGGCGCACAAACCGGCAAAAGAAGACGAACACGUUCAACGAGGAGGUGCAGGGCAAGGCAAGCUGAUGCACUCGAGCAGCAUUGUACAAGAUUUGUUGUGAUGAAGAUGAAAUCGUAAGCAACGUAUAUUACAAAUCUGGUGCUUUGAACUGCUC